AGCUUUACAGUGUCAGGAGGAAGUGUGUGUAAUGGGUGGGUGUGUAUAUUCUCUGUUUCACUAUCAGCCUCGUAUUUAGGUUUAAGCUUUGACAAGGGAAACAUCUCUCUCUCUCUCUCACUCUCAUUCUCGCUCUCUAAACAUUUCACUACAGCUCUUUUCAGAAUGAACGUACCAGAGUUUGUGGAUUCAACAAGUCGCUUUCGAUUCGCUGAAUCGUUUUUGGGUUUAGUAGGCUGCAUAUGCAUCUGUUAUGCUGUUUGUAUGCCUGACUGGAUGGAGGGAAAUGGACUGUGGUCAGUGGGAAAUGAGUCCAGUCCAGUUGAUAGCCAGACAGAAUGGCACAUAAUCCAAGGUCUAGGGCCUCACGUUGUGUUUGCUGGCCUUUCUUUCCUCAUGGCUAUAAGUGCGGGAAUUCUGUGUCUCCUGUUUGCAUUCUGCUGGACGUCAAAUACCUCGCUCUCUUACUCCAACACACGCUCACUGCUGAUGGCAGGCCAGGCACUUUACCCCACCACACUGCUGCUCAUCACACUGCUACCAACAGGGUUUUUCUUUCUCCUAAGCUGGGCGCUCUUCACCAGUCAACAUAUCGCUGAUAUCCGUAAAGACCUGACAUGCCUGGGCUCCUCAUAUUGGCUGGGUGCUGUGGGCUGGGCUCUGCUGCUGGCUGUUCUGCCAGUGGUGUUCCUGGUGGAGCAGUGUGUGGUACCUGACAUACUGCCUGAGCUGAAGAUGAAGACUGAGUUCUGGCAGAAGGGAUUCCAGGUGGCGCACACCCGCUCGUUCAGUGAAAGCUACCAGCAUAGCGCUAAACACUUUAAGCCUGAGUACAAGACAUACAUGUCCAUGCCCUGAGGGAAACAGCACCAUCAUAUAUCAGUGCUGUUUACAUAUCCAGCCACUGUCCAGCCACUGAAAGGCUGAGUAUGUGUCCAGAACCAGGUAACUAAGAAUCUUGGGUCCUCUGCACACAGAAAGAUUGCCACAGAAGAAGGCGUCUCAGGAAGAAGGGUUCACUGUGCUGAAAGUUACAUGGAUUUUUAUAUUCUGGAAGCUCAGGAGGCUGUGGCUGAGUUACUGAUGAGGAACUGGCAGAUAUAAUAGCCUGAAGAACAAAAUGACUCAUAUUCAUUUGGAAGCAGACAUUAUAUUAUAUAUAAAUUUCCUUUCACACUUUAUUAUGCAUACUCAGAUCCAUAGAUUACUACAUUAAGACAUUAAGUACACACUACUUUAACUCACUGAAAACAUGUAUAAUGGGGGGGGGGUGACCUGAAACACAUUUAACUUUUAAUUGUGUCAUGUUAACUUUGAAUUGUGUGAUGUGUUUAGCGAUUCAGGUGCUAAUUUGUUGGUUGGUGCUUUUAUUUGCAUAUUGUGAGAAGCAUAUUGUUAUUGUUAAUUAUUUGCAUAUUGUGAGAAGUUUUAAGUUUUAAAUUUGACGUUUUGUAAGCUGAUCUUUUUAAGCAGAGUAGAUAAUGAGGUGAGAGAGAUGGAAAGAUUAAAGGACUAAAGUGCUAAUGCAUCGCUCUUUAGAUAGCGAAGAAACAAGAGCUACUAGCCCACAGGUGCCACUCGCUAUCAUGCAUACUCAGAUAACAUUGUGGGAAAUGUAGGAUGCUUUCAUGGCUACAAUAGAAAUAAAAUCAUAAUAGAAUCAUACGAUAAAUAUUUAGUCAUUCAGAGUGGAUUUUGUCUGUAAGUGGAUGACUUUUUAAACUAUUUUUAUACAAAUAAUUCUGAAUUCUCUAAAUGACAACUCAACCAGUCCAAACUUUUUACUCUCUCCAUUAUCUCCAUUAACUAUUCACCAUGCACUGUAGUUACUAAAUACUAUUCAUUAAUAUAGUAACAUUAUUUUUUAAUGAGAAAGUUUGUAGUUUUAACCCUUUUGGACAAAUCUUAGCUGCUUGAUUGACAUGAAUGAUUUCAGUGGACAUCAUCUGGGGGAAUUCCAAACAAGUGCCAAAUAAUUUGUGCCACUAGCACCCUCAUAUGGUUGGUUUAUGUUAUUGCAUGGCACCAUGUCCAGAAAGAAGGCGGGUGUAAAAAUGUGAAACGUUAUGAGAUGCAAUAACCAAAUGUUUUAAAAUCAGUCCAUGAUUUCCUGUUGAAAUGUAGUCUUUUGUAAAUAUAAUACAGUUUCUUUGUAAUUAUAUGUAAGCACAAUAAAUAAACAAAUCAAUAAAU